AUUCGCACACCUUUGACACACACGACCAUGUUAGCUCGAUCCCGUGCACUACAGCGCCGCGGUGUGUCUGCCGUUGUCCAUUCGUCGGUGCACCAGACCGUCGCCUGCCGAUCGCCGACUCCUUUCGUCUUGAAGCCGAAGUACAUGAGUCUCAAUGCAGCAACAACCAACCUGUCUCGCGCGACAUUGGAGAACGUGACCGCGAAUCGUCCGGUGGCGUGGUGGCUCAUGGGCUGCGCUGGGAUGGUGGGUGCGAUGGUCGCUGUGGGCGGCGCCACUCGGCUGACGCGAUCCGGCCUUUCCAUGGUCACGUGGAAACCCCACGGCGGCCUCCCGCCCAUCACGGAUCAAGAAUGGGCCGACGAGUUUGAGUUGUAUAAGAAGUUUCCAGAGUUCCAGCAACGCCAACACAUGACAGUCGACGACUUCAAGCAAAUCUACUUUUGGGAGUACAGUCAUCGCAUGCUUGGGCGCACCGUGGGCCUGGCCUUUGCCGCCCCACUGGCCUACUUUCUCAUCCGCAAGCGCAUUCCAAAGGAAAUGUACGGCCGACUCGCCGCGCUCUUUGGCCUAGGCGCGUUCCAAGGUGGAAUUGGGUGGUGGAUGGUCCGCAGUGGUCUCGAAGAGCGCGACCCGACCGACCGCCGUGAAAUUCGCGUCAGUCCGUACCGCCUCGCGACUCAUUUGGGCCUGGCGUUCACAACGUGUGGGUUACUGUCGUGGACGGCGUUCGGAGUGUUUUCCCCGCCGUUGGAGUCCAGUUUCAAGCUCGUCACCGACACGAUCACUCCCGCUGGCCUAGUGAAAAUCUGCCAAGUCCGCAAGUGGCUGCACCGAUCUGCGACAGUGUUGGCGAUUACGAUUGCUUCGGGGGCGUUUGUAGCUGGCAUCGACGCUGGCAUGGCGUACAAUACGUUUCCCAAGAUGGGCGACCAGUGGCUUCCCGACGGCAUGUUCGACAUGGAGCCGCUGCACGUCAACUUUUUCGAAAAUACGCCGCUGGUGCAGUUCGACCACCGCGUGCUAGCGCUGACAACAUUGGCAGGGUACACUGGACAAGUGUUUAUUAAGGUUUUCUCAUGGAUAAUAUUAACGAUGGUAGGAUCACUGGAGCGUAUGCCCUCGCGCGUAACCCAAACGUGUGGUGGCAAAUCCCAGCGCCAGCUAAAACUGCGCUCAAUUUGAACGUGGCGGCGGCCGCAGGCCAAGUCAUGCUCGGCAUCUCGACGCUGCUCAACUGCGUGCCGAUUCCGCUGGCCAUCGCCCACCAAACCGGCGCGCUGGUGCUCAUGACGUCCACGGUAUACACGCUGCACACGCUUCGAUUCGCGCGACCUCUCGGGUACAAAUGGGCUUCCUCCAUCAAGCAAGCCAGCAAGCCAUAACCAACCAUGUCGAAUACUACUGUAGUGGGUUUAUACACUAAAUAGAUGCGAUCUUUGCUUUACA